AGUUUCAUUCAUACACAUAGCCUCAAAAUAUCAGGUUGUUGUUGUCUAAUAAGGCCAUCCAUAUUAGUUUUUUCCUAUAUUGAUUGCCACUUAUUGCGGUUUAUGAGGGUCCAAGGAAUAUAAGCCAUAUAAUGAAGAAACAUUAUGUCGACGCUAGCAGGCUACGGAAAAUGAAAAAGAUCAGAAUUAUGGAGAAUAUAUCUGAAAGCGCUUAUACCUUUCUGAAGUUUAUAAUCGGGUGGACUCUGGUGCUCCUAGCAGAUUUUAUACUGGAGUUUCGAUUGGAGUACCUGUGGCCCUGUUGGCUAUUCUUCAGGAGCGUCUACACCACUUUCCACUGCCAUGGGCUGAUUAUUUGUGUGCUGUUUGUGUGUGCGGCGUUCACCCUGGACAUCUUUUGUUUAGUUUUUGUUCCCCUCCACUGGUUGUUCUUCGCAGCCAGCACCUAUGUCUUAUUCAAUUACAUUUGUCACACAGAGAAAGGCAUCUGUAUGUCGACGGUGUCCCUGUGGGUGCUGCUGGUGUACACAGAGGUUUCGCUCAGGCUCAAAGACCUGAAGAACUCCCACGCCAACCUGUCUCAUCUCUUCGCCGCUCACUGUAUUGGCUAUCCUGUUGUCUAUCUGGGGUUCGACGCCACCUGCUACUUCACCAGCAUCUUCAAGCUGCGCACGCAGAAAGCUGUGCAGAGCGAGAAUGACUUCCACAUGCACCUCCUGCAACAGUCCCUACCUCCGGGCCUGCAGCUUUACCCCAAGAGCAUCACUGACGGCAACGGCAACUCAAAGUGGAGGCCCAAACCUGAGUCUAGCCAGUACCAGUGUCAGAACGGUGCUCUGGCGUCUGAUGAGAGACUCACCUUGGACUGCCUCCAGAUCCACAGCGAGGAGGAGCAGGGAGGGGCUGAGAGGGGUGUGGAGGAGACAAAGCUGGGACACUCAAACCCCCAGCCGCCUCUGUCUUCCAAACCCAGAGACCCCCCCACCGACAGGGGGGCAGGAGGAGGGUCGAUGGAGUCCUCAUCCUCCCCUAAAAAUCAGCCUCAGGAGGAGCAAGGCGGCAAAGUCCCCCGGGCCGCCAAAGGCUCUUCCUGCUCCCCCAAAGCAUGCAGGACAUCCCCCGGCGCCGCCUCCAACAUCCUUUCGCCUCCUCCUCCCACUGGCAGGGCUGACAGGAAGCAGAAGAACGGCUCCAAAACGGUCAGCCCCAAUCGGGACGCCGCAGACAAGGGCCCCGCCGCUCCCAAUCCGAAUCCUCACGCUGACCAGAUCACUAAGCUGGAGCAGGAGAUGAAAAGUCUGAAGGGCGAGCUGCAGGCCAGCAGACAGAGUGAGCAGGAGUUGCACAGCCACAUCUGCAACCUGACCAACAGUGAGCGCAGCCUGAGGCCUGAGGUGUCCCUGCUCAGGCAGAACAACGAGCUGCUCCACAGCAAGAUCUUGUGUCUGACCAAGACCAGGCAGAAAGACAAGCAGACCAGCGCUGUGCUGGAGAAGAAGACCAAAGCAGAGACAGAGGCCAGGCUCUUUAUAGAGAAAAAGCUGGCCGAACUCCAGGCUCACAAACUAGAGGAGGUGGCCAUCUUAGCGCAUAGUAGUCUACCAAACAGGCAAGAAUACUCUGAGACCCUAAUGUUAAGGAAAAAAGCAAAAGAUCUAGAGACAGAGUACAAACAACUGCAGCUGGAGAGUCAAGGGAAAGAAGGGCGUGUGAUAGCUCUAGAGAAUCAAGUGGAGGCCCUGGGGAAGUAUCGUUGUAUGGAGCAGGAGGAUCAGGACAUGCUGUUCUCCGCCCUGUCGACCCUGCAGCAGAAGGCUCAGCGUCUGGAGUACAACCUGAGUGCUGAGACGCGGAUCAAACUGGACCUGUUCUCAGCCCUGGGAGAUGCCCGCAGGCAGCUGGAGAUAGCACAAGGAAAAGUAAUGAAGCAGGAGAAGGAGAUCAGCGACAUGAAACAGAAGAUCGCAGAGUUCAUGGCUGUCAGUCCUGGCAUGUCCUUCAUGACGCCGCGGCCCAACGCGCCGCAGUACCUCACCAAGUUCCUCAACUCGGAGCGCUACGUGCUCAACCGACGGGCGCUGAUGUACCAGUGUCUUAAGAAAUGAGAGCCUUUAUCACGGCCUGUCGAAAAACAUACAGUAGACCAUCUUUGGCCUUCUCUUGAGCAGUGCUCUGUCUGUGCGCACAAGAGGCUUCCUGGAUGUGGCGAUGAUGUCACAGUGCUCAAAGACAUUCUCAGUCUCAAGGCUUUGUAUACAGUAGUUCUCAAUAAAACAUGAACUGUCUUUGACAAUUACCUUCUCAGUUAGCCUCCAUAAAUCAUAGGCGAGAUGAGAAAGAAAAUGCCCUUGGAUGCUUCCCAGGUGCUAAAUAUUCCUCAGUCUUUCCUCUCUGAAGUAUUUGAGUUCAGAGGACUUGUGAGGUUACCGAUGCCGCCGGUGAUUUGUUGAUGUAACAUUGCGUUCCCUUUGCUACAGUAAAUAUGACAACAUUUCAUAGGUGCUUGUCCGUUAGGACACUAUUGACCGUGUAAUGUUUGGGUCGAGCAUGAUAAUGUUGGAAGAGAUUGGGCUGUCUGAGCACACUUUUCCUUAUGUCGUUGUUUUCGGUUUCUCUCCUAUUAAUUUGCCUUAUGUUGACAGGCAACGAUUAUUCAAUGCAUGUAUUGCCAGUGGACAAACCCCUGGCUCCUUUGGGCAGUGUCCCUUCUUCUAAACAAAAGAUCAGUCCACACCAGACCUGGAUUCAAAUACUAUUUGAAAUCAUUUCAAAUACUUUAUCUGGGCUUGAUUGAGCUUGCCUGGUACAAUGGAACCAACAGACUAGUCACAAGAGUUAAAACCCGGAUCAUCUAGCAUUCCAGACAGACUAAAGCAAACGCUAAAGUAUUUCAAAGAUUUCAAAUAUUGGUUGAAACCACUGUACCAUUUACCAGUCAUGUUGAGUAAUCUAUAAGUGUUUUUCAUAGUGAAAAUGUAUAUUGUCUAUAAAUGACUGUAGCUGGUAAGUUGGGCAGCGUUGUGAAUAACAUGGGCAUAACAUGGAAUUUUGUGGACCAAAAAUUGUGGGGCAGAUGUGCAAAAUUACCAGCAAAUUGUAUUUGUGCAUUUACACAAACACACAAUGUAAAGAAUUGAAAACACAACCCAAAGUGUUUUUGUAAAAUGAUGAACACUAAUGAAGUAGAUGUUACCGUUUUUGGUCUCUUUUUGUUAGAUUUAGUGUUUUCUAUCAAAACAAUAUUUUUAAGCUUGAUGUACUUUUCACAUGAAAGUUGACUGCUUUAAUUUGGUAAGUCAAUGUAUUUGUCAGCAUGACAUUUUGUAUGUGAGUAAUACAGUACUAUUUAUUUGGGCACAAUGUCAUUUGUGACUAAAGAUUGUGCAGUACAUUACAUAAAUACUAGUUCAAGGGCUCCAGUUUUUACAAUUCUGAUGAAACAGUUGAUAAUAAAAAUGUUUUUACCAGUUA